UGACUUGACAGACACGGACCGCCGCCAAUUCCACGGCCGUCGCCCAGGUGAUCUUCUCGUUCACGUCGACACACGAGUACCCCAACGACAUGGGUGCCGAGGGCGCCCCUGCUGCCGCCGCACAAGGAGCUGCUGCUGCUGCUGCGGCUGCCGCUGGUGGCGAGGAGGCAGGGGAUGGCGAGGGCGACGGGGUGCAGCAGGAUCACGACCUGUAUGCCAACCACGAUGAUGACGAUCCAGAGGGCCUCGAGGCCGUGCAGCAGGCGGCGCAGCUGUUUGGUGAAGCGCCCAUCCAAGGAUAUAUGGGCGCUGCGCUCGGCCAUGGGGUCGACCACGCUGAGGUUGCAAAUCUGAUAGACUGAGAGUAGGUUGGUGUAUGAGGUGGCGAUGAGGAGCCUCAUGGACUGAUUGGUGUAUCUCUGUGCAUUGUACAUACAUUCGUAUCAAUCAAUCGAUGAAUCAUCGCAAUUACCAG